AUGUGGCCCAGCUCGUUCAAAAGGAUUGGCAUAUUUGAACAUUGCGACGCCUUGAACUCUACCACCGAUAUCUGGGACGAGAAAAGAAGCAAACGCGCAGUUCGCCGGCAGUUGGCGCGGCAGAGCUACCAUCUGGAGGCGCUCGCCGUCAGCUACGUAGUCGACGCCACGCACUUCUUCAAGCCAUCUUGGACCGCUGUGCCUCCUAUACACCCGCCAACCCCGGAAAAUCUACAAAAUCUCAACCUCCCUCCGACCUCAUCGCUGAGGACGGAUACAUCGGUGCAUUGUAGGGCCUCCUGGAAGAUGCUGCUCAACAACGUAUCAGUGGAGCUUCUGGAUAGAGAUGGCCAUGGCGGGCCGGCCACCUUUAUCCACACGGUUUCUGGUAGUUGGUCCGACGUCAUUGAUGGAGAUGAGGGAAGAGAGAUAUCCGAGGAAUCACCAGACCCGAUGGAGACUGAACGCAUUAAUGACCCCUUGGAAAAGCUUGAGCGCCAGUCUCGAGGACCAGAACAGGCCCACAAGCAAGCCGGAUGCGAUGAGGAACGCGAGACCUUGACUACAAAAGCUUUCUAG